AUGAUUUUAAUUGCGGGUGCGGUUGCGGUAGCGAUUGCGAUAGCAAUUGCGGUGGCGGUAGCUGUUGUCAUUGUCAUCAUUAUCGUAGUAUGUUGUUGUUUUGGUGGUGGCUUUGCUCUUUGGAAAAGAAACAAAAACUCCAGAACACCAGGACGAUUCUCAUAUUUUUGUUGUCCACCUGAUCGAACGAAAAUUGAUUUAAUUCCCAGUGAUGAAGAAAAAUUAAGAGACUGUCCAUGA